AUGGAUGAAAAUUUUGAGGAACAGGGCAAGCUUCCAGAGCUUAAACUUGAUGCGAGGCAAGCUCAAGGGUUUCUUUCAUUCUUCAAAACCCUACCCAAGGAUGUUAGGGCAGUUCGUCUAUUCGAUCGUAGGGACUAUUAUACUGCUCAUGGAGAUGAUGCAACUUUCAUUGCAAAGACAUAUUACCAUACGACAACUGCUUUACGGCAGUUGGGUAAUGGAGUUGGUGCGCUUUCCAGUGUUAGUGUGAGUAGAAACAUGUUUGAAACAAUAGCUCGUGACAUUCUCUUGGAGAGGAUGGAUCGUACUCUUGAAUUGUAUGAGGGCAGUGGUUCAAAUUGGAAACUGGUCAAAAGUGGAACCCCAGGAAAUUUCGGAAGUUUUGAGGACAUUCUGUUUGCUAAUAAUGAAAUGCAAGAUUCUCCAGUGAUUGUUGCUCUUGCGCCAAAAUUUGAUCAGAAUGGAUGUACAGUUGGGUUAGGCUAUGUUGAUAUUACUAAGAGAGUCCUUGGUUUAGCAGAAUUUCUAGAUGAUAGCCACUUCACCAAUUUGGAGUCUGCUUUGGUUGCCCUUGGUUGCAGAGAAUGUCUUGUACCAACAGAGACUGGGAAAUCCAGUGAGAGCAGGCCUCUAUAUGAUGCAAUAUCGAGAUGCGGGGUGAUGGUAACUGAAAGAAAGAAAACUGAAUUUAAAGGUAGGGAUUUGGUACAGGAUCUGGGUAGGCUUGUCAAGGGUUCAGUAGAACCUGUUCGAGAUCUAGUCUCUAGUUUUGAAUGUGCAGCAGGUGCUUUGGGGUGCAUACUUUCCUAUGCAGAAUUACUUGCGGAUGACAGCAAUUAUGGAAACUACACAGUCAAACAAUACAACCUCGAUAGUUACAUGAGAUUAGAUUCUGCUGCUAUGAGAGCACUGAAUGUUAUGGAGAGCAAAUCAGAUGCUAAUAAAAAUUUUAGCUUGUUUGGUCUCAUGAAUAGAACCUGUACUGCUGGAAUGGGUAAAAGGUUAUUGCACAUGUGGCUGAAACAGCCGUUACUAGAUGUAGAUGAGAUUAACUGUAGAUUGGAUUUAGUUCAAGCAUUUGUGGAGGAUGCUGCACUUCGCCAAGAUUUGAGGCAGCAUCUGAAAAGAAUUUCAGAUAUUGAGCGGCUGACACACAAUCUUGAGAGGAAAAGAGCCAGUUUAUUGCACGUUGUAAAACUCUAUCAGUCAGGCAUCAGAAUACCAUAUAUCAAAAGUGUUUUGGAACGUUAUGAUGGGCAAUUUGCACCGCUAAUCAGGGAAAGGUAUAUUGAUUCUCUUGAGAAAUGGAGUGAUGAUAAUCAUCUGAAUAAGUUCAUUGCUCUUGUGGAAACUGCUGUUGACCUUGAUCAACUUGAGAAUGGAGAAUACAUGAUUUCUUCUGCAUAUGACCCAAAUUUAUCUGCUCUGAAGGAUGAGCAAGAGACAUUGGAGCAACAGAUUCAUAAUUUGCACAAACAAACUGCCAAUGAUCUUGAUCUACCUAUUGAUAAGUCUCUUAAAUUAGAUAAAGGAACACAAUUUGGACAUGUCUUUAGAAUUACCAAGAAAGAAGAACCAAAAGUCAGGAGGCAGCUAAACUCUCACUACAUUGUUCUUGAAACACGCAAGGAUGGGGUAAAAUUCACCAAUACAAAACUCAAAAAACUAGGAGAUCGGUACCAGAAGAUCUUAGACGAGUAUAAGAGCUGUCAGAAAGAACUGGUAGCUCGGGUAGUUCAAACAGUUGCGAGUUUCUCUGAGGUGUUUGAAGGUUUAGCUGGUUCACUUUCUGAGUUGGAUGUGCUACUGAGUUUUGCGGAUUUGGCUUCCAGUUGCCCAACUGCCUACUCAAGACCAAAUAUCAGUCCACCAGAUACGGGAGAUAUUAUACUUGAAGGGUGUAGACAUCCUUGUGUGGAAGCUCAAGACUGGGUCAACUUCAUCCCUAAUGACUGUAGACUAGUUAGAGGAGAAAGUUGGUUUCAGAUUAUCACAGGCCCUAACAUGGGUGGAAAGUCUACCUACAUUCGUCAGGUUGGUGUGAAUGUCCUGAUGGCCCAAGUUGGCUCAUUUGUUCCAUGUGACAAUGCUACCAUUUCUAUUCGUGAUUGCAUUUUUGCUCGUGUUGGCGCUGGAGAUUGUCAGCUGAAGGGGGUUUCUACUUUUAUGCAAGAGAUGCUUGAGACUGCAUCGAUCUUGAAAGGAGCUACUAAUAGAUCGUUGGUUAUAAUUGAUGAGUUGGGCCGUGGGACGUCGACUUAUGAUGGCUUUGGUUUAGCUUGGGCUAUUUGUGAGCACAUUGUUGAAGAAAUUAAAGCACCAACAUUGUUUGCAACUCACUUUCAUGAGCUGACUGCAUUGGCCAAUGAGAAUGGAAACAAUGGACAUAAGCAAAUUUCCAGUGUGGCAAAUUUUCAUGUCAGUGCACACAUUGACUCUUCUAGUCGCAAGCUAACUAUGCUUUACAAGGUUCAACCAGGUGCUUGUGAUCAAAGUUUUGGUAUUCACGUAGCAGAGUUUGCCAAUUUUCCACAAAGUGUUGUGGCCCUGGCCAGAGAAAAGGCUUCUGAGUUGGAGGAUUUCUCUCCUCGUGCUAUGAUGCCAAAUGACUGUAAAGAGGUAGUCUCAAAGCGGAAGAGGGAAUUUGACCCACAUGAUGUGUCUAGAGGUACUGCCCGAGCUCGUCAAUUCUUACAGGAUUUCACUCAGUUGCCACUGGAUAAGAUGGAUCUAAAGCAGGCGUUGCAACAGUUGAGCCAAAUGAAGACUGACCUUGAGAAGAAUGCAGUUGACAGUCAGUGGCUUCAGCAGUUCUUUAGUUCUUCAAAUUAG